UUGUUGGGCACGAAUGCCACUCGUUGCGCGUGCUUAUAAUUUGGAGAGGUGUAUGCAGCGCACGGCCCGGUCGCCUUUCCAGGUGGAAAUCCACGAGGAGCUGAGACCGAACUUAACUGGGACGACUGGUGAACCCGGUUCAGGACAGGUGAAAUUCCCAGCAGGCUGCUGGGAAGGCCACAGGAUCGAUUUCGAUGCAGGGAAAUAACCGAGUCAGCACGGGUAGGAGAUCCGCAGAUAUAUCCGUCUGAACACGUCCGCGAACUUUUACCGCAAUUUACAGAAAUAUGUCUUUGUUAAAACGAGAGAAAGACCCUGAAACAUCACUGAGAUUUACUGAAAGACCACCGACACCUCUGAGAAAACGGGCUGCAGGGCCGAAUGACCGAGACCACAGCAUCGAUCAGAACCGGGCCGAACUGUUCGGACCGAAAACACGCAGAUUUGUGACUUUAAAUCAGUGGACAGUAAAUUUAGGAUUAAAAUUAAAGCUUGAUUAAAGAAAAUAACUCAUGGUAGAAACGUUUACAUUCAUGAUUUAAUAAAAUAAAAAAGAAAUCAGAAUCAAGUCAAAGUGAACAGCAAAGGCAGAGAAAUUAAAGGGAUUGUUUUUAAUAAAUGUAUUUUUAUAUCCGGUUAAAUAUUAUUUUUUAGUUGUUUCUAAAAAUUUUCAAACAUUCUGAGAUUAUCAACAUUUAUUCCUUUAUUUUUACUCUUAUUUUUUGUUACCUUUUUCUUCCCCUAGUUCUUUUUUUUAUAUAAAAUAUUUCUUGUCUUUUUUUUGUACACAUAUAUUACAGUGAGUUUUCAGAGCCUCUUUAAUGUUCCUCUCGGUUUGGAAAUAAAGUGUUUUUUUUUCUCUGUCUGUGUUGCAGGUCAUGGAUGAAGUCCCGUGGAUGUUUAACUCCAGCCAGUUGAAGAAUAACUGAGGAAUACCGAGGAGACGUUUCCCUCUGGAUUCACUUUAGUUCAAACUCCAGGUUUGAUUUGAUUUUGAUGAUAAAUUUAAUCAUCUGCCAUGACAAAGAUCUGCCUGAUGUGAAGGACUAGACUGGGAGCCGGAAGGAUUUCUUCUUCUGUGAGUGAAUCGGCGCAGACAUGAAGGAGAAAUCUAAAACUGCCGCAAGGACUAGACGAGAAAAGGAGAACAGUGAGUUUUAUGAACUGGCCAAAAUGUUACCCUUACCGUCCGCCAUCACCUCCCAGCUGGACAAGGCGUCCAUCAUCAGACUGACCACCAGCUACCUGAAGAUGCGGAUAGUUUUCCCUCAGGGUGAGACUCUGAACGCAACACGGUCCGACUUCCUCACUUCAUUUUCACCCGAACAGAACCGACAUUUCCUGGACCUAAAACAUGAGCAGACUUCUAAUUUAGUAUAAGUUUAAAAAAUAUAAAUAUUAAAUUUUUAUUUGAUUUGGAUAAAAAUGCACCUAAAAUAGAAAAAAAAAUUCCCCCAGUCACUUUUGUUUUUAUUCUAACAUAUAUACUCCUAAUGAAAAUAACCGUUAAUGCGUUAAAAUAUGAACAUUAUAAAGAGACAUUUAAAGAUAGAUAAUAAUUUUAAACCAUCAUAAAUACAUUUGAGAUUUAAAAAUAAAAGCCUAAUAAAAAUAGACUCAUUAGUAACAUUGUUAAAUAAUAUCAUAAAAGUAGAAUAUAAAUUAACUCAUUUGAAGAAUUAAAAAUAGUUGUUUUUUUAUUUUUCUAUUAUUGGAUUGAGUUUGUUUAAAUGGAGCAGAUCUGUCUCCGUGUUUUACACAUGCAGCUGCUCUCUGAAGGUUUUUAUUAUUCUGCGUGAUAAAGAUCCAGAUGAGUCAGUUUUAUGUUUAUUAAAAACAGGAAAACACGCCAUUACACACGACCAAACUUCACUCUAAGAAAACCAGUCUGACAAUCCUAAAUGGAAUCAGUUCACCACAUGUAGAUUCAGAUGUUUCUGACUACAACAGAGGACAGAAAAGAGCUUCAGAAACAACAUCCUUCCGUAGAAAAACAGACUUGUUUUCACUUUAUAGUCCUCUUUCUUUCUUUCUUUGGCGGAGUGAUAUGGAGCUGUCUGUCUGUCUGUCCGUCACUUCUUUUCUUUUUCAUGUCCAGCAGAGAGGAGAACAUCUGUAAUUUAGUGAAACCACAUCUUCAGGAGAUUUCGGAUGAAUUUUAAUGAGCAGCUCUCUCUUUGUUCAGUUUUUUUAGUGCCAACAACAACAGCGAGAAAUAUCGGAACAAACAAAUCAAAACACGAUUUUUAAUCUCAACAAGUAUUCCGAUAUUAUUCAAAGAUAUUAUUUUAAUGCUUUAUUUUUUUCUUGAUUUUCUUCGUGAUUGUUCUCCUCAGAUUUAGUGUGUAAACUGCAGCUGUUUUUAGAGGCACGUGGCUCUUGAAUACACCUUAUAAACACCAACAGAUAGGUGAGGGUUCAGGUCCGUGCAGGAGACACGUGCACACGCUUUCACUGCUAAAUAGGCCUUUUUAACAGGCCUGAGGGUGUGUGUGUGUGUGUGUGUGUGUACUUGUAGUCUUUUUAACAGCCUCAUUGCAGAGGGAUUAGUGAGUUUUAAAUUAAGGUGCUCUGAUCGGUUUGGUAAAAAUAAUCAUUAAUUUGAUGUAAUUUUACAAAAGUCUGACUGUAAUAACAAUUUUUUGCUUUUUUACAUUUUUUAUGUUUAUUUUAUAUACAAAGAAAAAUACAUGAGUAUAUCAAUACGCGACCUAAAAGUAGUGCCAUGUUCUGGGCUGCAGGUCUAGGAGAAGCGUGGGGUCAUGCGAGCCGAACCAGAUCUUUGGACAAUGUUGGACGGGAGCUGGGUUCUCAUUUACUGCAGGUAUACAUUUAUUGUUACUGUUAUUAUUAUUAUUAUUGAUAUGGGGCUGCAGUGAAUCUGUGAGAAAUAUCGAAUCUGUGUUGGUGUUUGUUUUCAGACUCUGGACGGUUUCAUCUUCGUUGUCGCUCCGGAUGGAAAAAUUAUGUAUAUUUCAGAGACAGCGUCCGUCCACUUAGGACUCUCUCAGGUCCGUUUAAUACUCUCAAGACUUAAACAUAUUUUAUUUUCCAUCUAUUUCUUCCUCUCGAAAAUAUCCUUCACGCUUAAAUGACUGGAGAUCUUUCAACAGGUAGAGUUGACCGGGAACAGUAUUUAUGAGUACGUCCAUCCGGCCGAUCAUGACGAGAUGACCGCCGUGCUGACGCCUCACCAGCCCUACCACUCACACUUCGUCCAGGGUAAAACACUCUGUCAGACAUUUUAUAACCUAUUUGCAUUUUUAUUACGUCUUAGUGUGUCCAGAAUCAGUAUGUGGUUAUUAGAAAUCCGGCACAGAUGGGGCGCAGGCGCAGCGCUGUGCGUAACAAGACGCAUUAUCAUCAUUAUUAUUAUUAUUAUUAUUAUUAUUAUUACAGGAAAUAUUCAAGCGUUUUCUUGUAUUUUCACCAUUUCUACCACAGCAGAUACUACAUUUUAGGGUCUUAAAUCUAGUUACUAAAAUAUAGUAAUUGAAGAAUGAGUGCAGCUGCAGAGCCCGUUUCAAAAACAGGAAAACAUGUUUUUUUUUCUCUCGUUUUUAUUAGAAUAUGAAGUGGAGCGAUCUUUCUUCCUGAGGAUGAAGUGUGUGUUGGCCAAGAGAAACGCAGGCCUGACCAGCGGGGGAUACAAGGUGGGCAGUGAGACCCUGCAGGUCCUUUAUGUCUAAUUAAAAGUCAAUUAAUCCGUGAAAUAAAUGCAUUUAAAUUCAAAGAAAAAAACGAAAAUUUUAAUGGAUGAAAUUUUUGUCCAUGGAGGAUUAUUUUUGUUUCUACGAAUUAAAGAAUGUGGUAGAAAAAAACUGCUCAUUGACAUUAAAUAUUAUUGUGUAUCAUAUGAAAUAUUGUGAUUGAUUGAUUGGUUGUCAGGUAAAUUCAGGUCUCUGCUCUCUCCCAGGUGAUCCACUGCAGCGGAUACCUGAAGAUCCGUCAGUACAGUCUGGACAUGUCGCCCUUCGAGGGCUGCUAUCAGAACGUGGGUCUGGUGGCUGUGGGUCACUCGCUGCCUCCGAGCGCGGUGACGGAGAUCAAACUGCACAGUAACAUGUUCAUGUUCAGGGCCAGUCUGGAUAUGAAGCUCAUCUUCCUCGACUCCAGGUGAACAGCACUUUUUAAUUUCUAUAGAUGAACUCCUUCUUCAAACACGUCCCCUGUAUAAUAAUAAUAAUAAUAAAUAAUACGUAUAAAUCCUGGAGUCACUCAGCAUAUUUUGAACACAGCUGCUUCACUCCUCUCCAGGGUGGCCGAGCUGACGGGUUACGAGCCCCAGGACUUGAUCGAGAAAACCUUGUACCAUCACGUCCACAGCUGUGACAUCUUCCACCUCCGCUGUGCACACCACCUCUGUGAGUCACAACCUGCUCGUUAUUCUUCUGUUCCUCCAGCAGACAGGCUGACCUCUUUGUCCGACAGUAACCUGCUGCACAAUCACACAGUCGUAGACGUGGUUAAUUACGCUCAUCUCUCUCUCUCUCUCUCUCUCUCUUCUGUCUGAUUUCCGUCUCCCUCCCAGUGCUGGUAAAAGGCCAAGUCACCACUAAGUAUUAUCGUUUCCUCGCCAAGCACGGCGGCUGGGUCUGGGUCCAGAGUUACGCCACGAUUGUGCACAACAGCAGGUCCUCCAGACCUCACUGUAUCGUCAGCGUCAACUAUGUCCUCACGUGAGUCCCUCUCAGAAAACGUCUCUUAUGAAACAGACUGAAGAACAAUAGUUCCAUUUUUUCAUGUCAAAAGAAUCAUCUCUGCAUAAAUCACGGUCUGAAUGUUUCGUUUCUUUGUUUUUCAAACACUGAGUUGUAACACUUGAUGCAUUUUGGACUGAAAUCCCUGAAAUUACAGCUCCACAAACACAGUAACAAAAGGCCUCAGUGGAAGAACAGCAGCUGCAUAUUAAAUGGUGUUUGCAGAAGGGCCAGCACUGAAUAUUUAACUAGAUUAAGCAAAAUCAUAUCAUACACUCCUGUGAUCUGUGCUUGAGGCUCUCACGAUUGGGUCUUUGUCUCAAAGAAAUCCUCCUCUUUAUCCCUCUGUAGCCUCUCUGAACAAAUCUGCCAAAUACUGCAGGCUGCAGGGCUCAGGCAGUUGUGUGUUAUGAGAGCACAAAGCACACUAAGGCCCUCUGGGACAGCAAGACAAACACCGGGGUUCAACCCCAUCAGAAAACCUCUACUGUCAUCAUCGAUCUGCAGUCCAAGGAAAGCAGAAUCGAUCAAACGGGGAACUGGGAAUCAAUAGCUAUCUCAUAGCUGGAGCACAUGUUGGAUUUUCCUUGUUAGGUUUUCUUGAUCCACAUGUCCCUGUCUGUGUUUGUGUGUCCUUUGGUGUGAGUUUGUGAGUCGGCGACACUCUGCCUAUCGAUUUCCUCGAUGCAGUAAGAAGAAAACAAAGUCACUGCAUUAAAAUGACAGUGAAUUUUCACACCCAAAUUAGCACUCGCACUGACACUUAGCAAACGCAGCAGAAAAAAGUCGGUUUAGAAAACGAACACAGAUUCGAUGACAGCAUUUGAACCCGGCAUCAAUCCAUUCAUAAAUCAUGUGGAGAGGUUGGCUGGUGGCGUAUUUCAGGCAGAAGGCGCUCUGACAUUGACCCUGAGGUGGAAUUCGACUAACACAGCUGAGUUUGCACAACGGCCCGACAUUAUUGGCUCAGACAGAAGUCAGGCCGGGCACAGAUAGGACGCAGGAGCAGCCACUGCAACUAUACCUGCAAGAGCAAAUAAGAGUGGCAGUGUGCAGCGGCUCUCCAAACACAGCCUCUCCCCCGAGGUGUUGUACAUGAAGAAUGGGUCAUAUUUAGAGUCAUAUUAAAGAGGCGGGCUGCUCGGGGUCAGGGAUGGGCCAGCGGGUUUAAAAUGCCAGACAGCUGCUAUUACAUACUGUUGAUGUGAUAAGUUAAGAAUAGGCUCAUGUUUGCUGAACACUUGACACAGGAGCCUUGUACACUCUCUCUACAGUGACACUGGGAUGGAGUUCAGCCACAGGACAGUGGGUUAAAGUGUCAAAGAUGGAGGCACACUAAGAGAUGUCUGUUUAACACACACACACAAAAAAAGAUCUUCUUAGAGUCAGAUUCCUGGUCAAGAUAGUUUAUAUGUCGACUUCUUUGCUGCUCUUCGACAUGCAUGGUUGUCCAGCUAAAAGAAUGAUUAACUUUCUUCACAGCGUCUAUUAUUGCUCUCAGGAGUGGGCGAACUUAAUCCCAAUCUUCUCUGUAAUGUUGUUUUCACUCUCACUUAUCUUGUUUUCAUGGCAUUUAAUCUUUGUAAUAUGUCUUUGCAGUUAUCGAUCAUAUUGCUGCAGGUGAACCAUAGAUUAUGUUACAUGAGUAAACUGUAUAAGAGAGGACAACAUGCAAGAAAUGCUGUCUGAAUGAUUUAAGCAAUUUAAAGACAGUGGAAUAGUGAUAAGACGGUUCUGGACUAUUGUUAGAUGUAUUUUAUUGCCAUGUAAGAUACUGGAAGAUUGACAUCAAUAGUGAGAAGCUGAAGCCUCCCGGUUAACCAGUAUGUGGUUGAGUUUAGCUAAAUUUAACUGCUGGUGUGUAGGGAUGGGAAUCGAGAGCCGGUUCUUGUUGAGAACCAAUUCCAAAUGGUUCAACAACAUUUACGUUUUAUCUUAACGAUUCCUAUCUUCUGGGUGCCUUUGAAAACGGUUUUGCGAGUGCCAGUCUACCGGAACGAGAACAGAGACACAGAAAAAAGCAUGGUGGACGGUAUGAAAAGUAGGCAGAAACGAUCUAAAGCGUGGUUUAAUUUUACCAAGAGAGACGACAACAGCCCAACGUUUGUGGAGCAGUGAUAACAUUCAAAGGUGGAAACACCAGCAACAUGCUCAAACAUUUGUCAACGGGGCACGGCAUCAAAUACAUACAUUUUUUUAUAAAAUCUUAUCAAUCCCCAUCCCUGCUGGCGUGUCCUCUGAGAUCCCGAACCUCGUCCUGAGGAGGACAUUAACGUAUAUCCCAGAUUCUUUGGCUGUAGCUGUUGAGACAUGACCCCCAAUCAAUCAAAAUCCAGCUGUAUACUAUCCUAAAGGCAAUCUAAUCAAUAACUUGAUUGAUAAUUUGGUCUGGAAUAAAUUCAUCCACAUUCCUAAAGCAGCUAGCUCGUCUAAAACGGUUAUAACUUUGCUAACUUUUGAAUGAAAGUGUUGAUUUGAUGCUAACAUGUUCUGCUCAUGUCUUCAGGGAUACCGAGUACAAGGGGAUGCAGCUGUCUCUGGACCAAAUGAGUCCAACCAAGCCGGCCUUCCCCUACGCUGACAGUCACAGUGAAGACAGGAAGAGUACGAAGUCACGUCUGACCACGGCCAAAGCCAAAGCCAGAGUGUCACCCUACCCUCAGGUAAAACAAAGCCUGUAUUAUGGACUGAAGACAGAGAGGAGACUAUGUCCAGGCUUUAAAGUGGUUUUUGUAUGUCUGCCUACAGUUUACAGCUUUCAACCCAGAGCGUUCAGAGUCAGACCAAGACAGCCAAUGGGGAGGCAGCCCUCUGACAGACUCUGCGUCUCCCCAACUGUUGGAUCCCGGUGAUGCUUCUGAGGCUUCGUGUGCCUACCGACUGUACCCAGACUCUGGAUCCCUGUGCUACGGCCUGGGUCUAUCUGAAGAAGAUCUUGCCCACGCACAAGCACAUCCUCACACCACCACCUGCGACCGCGUGCGAUGCCAGAGUGGCCGCUACUUUCUUGGAACCCCUCAGUCAGGGAGAGAGAUGUGGUGGGACGCCACACGCUCAGUUCUCUCGCUGCCGAAGACGUCUGCAGAAAACAGCGAGGGCUACGAAAUCACAUCCUACCAUGGAGCCAUUCACGGUGAGGUGUCAGGGUUGAGACCACAACCAUCUGUCUCUGAAAAUAGCUCUGAUCUAGCUUGUCCUGGUAGCUGUUUUCCAAAUGUUAUUAUGGGACAUGCUAAGUUGUUUACGCCGUCUCUUGCCAGUGUGGCGAUUGCUACCAUCUGUUCAAAAAUUGCCUGCAAUUGAAAGCCAAGUUAUUCCACACCUCAAACAGGGAAUCAACCCCCCCUGUGCCUCUGCCAAGAGAUUCAGUCUAACAGACCAUGAUUCUGUAUGCAUUUAAAGAGAAAGAAACACACUCUCACAUAGGCGAGUGUAGAAUGAGCAACCGGCUCUCCAAACACCUAAAUAACUCAGGAUACAGGAUCGCUAGAUCAUGAGAAGUCUUGGACUUUGUGAAUGAAAGCACAAAGAGUCAAAUUACUUAUUAACAAAAUGUCAUUCACUGACUGAUCUGUUUUGUAAUGUGGCAAUGUUGAACUCCUCCCACAGGACGGGGUCACUGGGAUGAAGACAGUGUAGUGAGUUCACCUGAUGGAGGUGGGUCCACCAGUGAUUCAGGGGAACGCUACCACGGUGACCACUUUCGAGCAACCCCCAGGGAACCUAGCAAGAUGGAGACUCUUAUCCGAGCCACUCAGCAGAUGAUCAAGGAGGAGGAGACUCGUUUGCAGCAACACAAGGUGCCACUGGACGUCUCUGGACUCGCCAAAGCGCACAGCCCAUGCUUCACCGCCGCACUACCACACCACUCCCAGCUCACCAUGCCCAGCGUUGUGUGUCGAGGCCCUGGAGCCCCAAGCAUUGACCUCUCUUCUGAACGCCUUCAUCAUCGGGAUGGUGUUAAAGUGCUUGGUCCACAUGAUACCGAUGAAAACACAACCAGUCCAGCGUCCAUGUCUCGUCUCAGCAGCCCCAGCUCAGAUGGGAUCCCAAGAUCAGGCCUUUCUCUUGCCAAAGACUAUAUGCAGACAGAUCUAUCACCCCAUCCUUCACAGUCCCAAGGAAGCCCGCUGCUCUACGCAGCCCAAGAUCGACAAUCGCUGGACAGGCAAGCGGCCUACACUUUGACUGGGUACUCCUUGGAGCACCUGUACGACCCAGAGAACCUGAGGAGUUAUUCAGGCCUGGCUUGUGGGGGAGUCCAGUAUGAUGUGGCCUCGCAUGUGAGGAUGCAAGCCGAACAGAUGCAGGGGCACAAGGCCACCUCAGUUAUCAUAACCAAUGGGAGUUGA